GAGUUGGCUUUCCCGUGAGAGUAGGUCCGCGAGCCACUUGACAUUGCCGGAGUCCUCGUGAACACCCGGUCACCAUGCUGCGAAUUUCGUCUCUUCUCCGGAAUGCAUCCCAGACUUCGAAGGCGCUCCAAGCUGCCUCCGUGCGCCAUCUAAAUCUGCACGAAUACCAAUCGAAGCAACUCAUGGCCGAUGGCGGAGUGACCGUUCAGAGGUUCAAAGUAGCUGACACCUCAGCCCAGGCCCGGGAUAUCGCACAGAGCGUCAAAUACGACGAGUUCGUCGUCAAAGCUCAGGUUCUGGCUGGAGGUAGGGGUAAGGGUACGUUCGACUCAGGCUUGCAUGGCGGCGUGAAACUGACGAGAGAUCCGGCGCAGGUUGUGGAGUUCGUAGAAAAAAUGUUGGGCUACCGGCUCGUGACGAAACAAACUCCUAAAGAAGGUGUCCUCGUCAAGAAGGUCAUGAUCGCUGAGGCGUUGGACAUCAAACGAGAGACGUACCUCGCGAUCCUCAUGGACCGUACUUUCAACGGACCGGUUGUCGUAGCCUCACCCGCUGGCGGUGUCGACAUCGAAGAGGUGGCGGAAAAGACACCUGAACUGAUCUUCAAACAACCUGUUGACAUCAAUAAGGGCUUGACCGACGAGCAAGCGAUGUCUAUCGCGAAGAAUUUGCAAUUCGAGGGAAAUAACAUGAAGGACGCCGCCGAGCAGAUAAAGAAACUCUACCAGGUGUUCCGUCGGGUCGACGCCACGAUGGUUGAGAUCAAUCCGUUUGGAGAGACUCCCGAUGGCAAAGUCGUUUGCUUUGACGCAAAGAUCAACUUCGAUGACAACGCACAGUUCCGCCAGAAAGAUAUUUUCGCCCAGGAAGACCACGCGGAAAGCGACCCUCGUGAAGUCGAAGCCGCCAAAUGGAACUUGAAUUACAUCGGAAUGGACGGUAACAUCGCUUGUCUAGUCAAUGGCGCAGGUCUGGCCAUGGCCACGAUGGACAUCAUAAAAUUGCACGGAGGCAAUCCCGCUAAUUUCCUCGACGUCGGUGGAUCUGUUGGCGAAGAGCAGGUGGCGGAAGCGUUCAGGAUCCUUACGCAAGAUCCGAAAGUCAAAGCGAUUUUGGUCAACGUUUUCGGAGGCAUCGUCAACUGCGCUACAAUCGCCAACGGUAUCGUAAACGCCUGCAAGAAAAUCUCUCUCAGCGUUCCUUUAGUCGUCCGUCUCGAGGGGACCAACGUCGAUGCGGCCAAGGAAAUAUUGUCAAACUCAGGAUUGCCCAUCCAUUCCGCCAAUGACCUGGACGAUGCGGCCAUUAAGGCGGUGGCAAGCCUCCGAGGAUGAAGCGUGAAAGCCGCUAUGCCUCAACCUGGGACAGCCUGACAGAAUUCCGGGAAUCAAAUCCAUUUCCUCCGACGAAUCUGCUCGAUCAGCACCGUUGAUUUUCAAGAGGGUCUCAUAGAGAUCGAUAUAUUUUUCUGGUCGCGCUCAAACUUUCGGCAAUAAACCAUAUGUAAAUAUGACAUUU